AUGGUUCGCCACCGCCCCAGAGAAAGCUACCCGCCGCCGUUGUUCGUCGCCGAGCUCGACACGGCGCCUGUCCAUGGCUCAGUCACUUCGCCCGAGGGUGGGCUCGCCUUCGAAAUGCCGGGAGAGUCGGCGCCGGUACGGGGGGUGAGCGACGAGCCGGAGCGGAGGCCGGCGAGGACGACUGAAGUGGACGAGAAUGUGCAGGCGAACCCUUGGCCGUUUUACCUGGACCAAGAGGUCAGGACGGCCGGCGGUGGUGCACCCAAGGAGGAGGAUGCAAAAGAGGGCGAGGUGGAACAGGCGAAUCCGUGGCCGUAUCACGGCCCUGCGUCGGGGGACGACGCGCCCAGCGCGACGAUAUACCCGCAGGCUCAGCAGCAGCAAGGUCCGCAGAAGAAGGAGUCUUUACAUGGCUUGGGCGGCGGCGCUGAUGAAGCGGCUUUGCAGGAGUCGCUGAAGCAUCCCGGACAGGCAGCGUCUCCGUAUCCAGCUCCUCUACGGGUCUCUCGCCCAAGCAGCGCGCCAACAGCCUCCCCUCCGCCCGGUAUCAAGCCGUACUCUGCGCCGCCCGGUAGAGACGUUGUUUCUGCAGUUGGACUAGGCGUUCCGUUAUCUGGGGCACCGCCGAAAUCACCGAUCCAAGGUCUUCAGUCUCCUGGCGUGCCGUACAGGCCGUACCGGCCACCGAGCACAUCAUCUGCCUCAGGGGCCACGGUAGCCCAGUCCCCGAGUGUGAUGGGCAUGGCACCACAUCACUUUUAUACGCCGCUCAGCUCUGAUUCCGAACCGAUGAGUCCCGCAAAACAGCGACCAGACGUUGUGCCGGACAUGGAGGACAAGGUUCCCGGACAGGGUCCCUCUACCAAGCCGUACUCACCACCACCACCACCACCACCACCACCAGCGAAGGAUGAUUCUCCUGCCGCGUCGACAGAGAGUCCAGCACAAGAUGCAGCUUACGCACCGGCAACGAACACCUCUCGGCCGCAAUCGCCAUCUCCUGUAACCAUGGCACACGCUCAGGCACCGCUGGCUCAGCCAUCACCCAGCGUGCCCGGAAUGACACCCGUUUCGGCACAUCACACGGCCUCACCGGGAAUGCCGCCUUCCCCGGCGUCAUCUUACGACAUCCAGCAAUCUACAUAUGCGCCGUCACCGUCAUUAUCGCCGCUCCCGCGCCAAACAAGACCGCAAGUCGCCCACGCAAGCACAGAUUCGUCGCACACCGGUCACACGCCCGCCUCUCCCCCGCCCGCGUACCUGUAUCCCGGACCAGGAGGACCAGACUCCCAGCCGACACCCCAAGGCCAACAGCAUCCCCCGUACUCGCCGCCUCCGCCAUCUCCCUACCCCCCUCAACCGAAAUACGCAGCAAGCACAGGCCAGCAAAACCCGCCGCUGCCAGGGGGAAAGCCUCCGCCGCCUCUCCCUCCGCGGCGACCAAACGUCUCGUGCGGCGGGUUCGGCGGCGGGCCCUCCAACGCGGCCAACUUCCCGCCGCCGCCGAAGACUCACUACAACCCGAUGCGGCCGCCGUACCCGCCCCGUCCUCUGGGCAGCGGCAUGUCGAGCACGUCCCUAUUUAGCGCGAGCUCCGCGAGGAAGUGGCUCGAUAAGACGAGCCAGGUCCUCGAGAGCAAGCUUGAAUCUGUCCUCCAGGGUCCCCAGGGGCCCGCUUACCGACCUGCGUACAUGUCGGGCCCGCCUCCGCAGGCCUAUUCUAACGGACCGCGGACAAGAGGGAUGCCGCCGGCGGGAUAUAAUAGCUACGGUCCCGGGCCCUGGGGACCGGGACCUGCGCCGCCUCCUCCUCCUCCGGGGUGGAGGGGGCCGCCGUGA